CUCUCGACUUUUGACGAUCCGUGAAUAAUUUUUUUUUUUUUUUUUUUGUUUUUAAUUAGUGACUGAUUUUUUGUUAGGGCUGUUUAAAAUGUGUUUUUGUAAAUAUUUCGUUAGACGCGAGUUGCAUUAACUUCCGCUGAGCCUUGCUUUUCAGUUAAUGAUUUUAAAUGAAUGAAAGAGAAAAGUUAUGAUUUGUUUAAAAGCAUUCAUCAGAAUUUUAUGGAUAAAUAUAUUUAAAGUCAUGUGAACAGAGUAUGUGCAUUAAUUGAUAGAUAGCUAAAGAACGGGGGAAGAAAUUGAGCACUUAGAUGGCUACUUUCUCAGAUAAUGAGAAGGAAACAACUGUUAAUCUUACUAUGGUAGAGAAUGUCCCCUCUAGUCAUUCUAAUACAUAUAUCAGUGGCAUGCAUUUGGAUACGAAAUCUUCUUUAGACAGAUCAUUAUGGAAAACAUGUUACGUUUUUCGAGAAGGAAAAAAAAGUGUAAAGAUGACGUUCCAGGGAAAAGUGUACAAUUUUUUGGAAAGACCCACUGGAUGGAAGUGCUUUGUUUAUCAUUUUACUGUGUUUUUAAUUGUCCUCGUUUGUCUUAUAUUCAGUGUGCUAUCUACUAUUGACCAGUAUACUGAUUUUGCUAUAGAAACAUUGUUUUGGAUGGAAACAGUCUUAGUAGUGUUUUUUGGAGUUGAGUAUUUAGUUCGCUUGUGGUCUGCUGGCUGCCGAAGUAAAUAUAUGGGUUUCUUAGGCCGACUGCGUUUUGCAAGAAAACCCAUAUCCAUUAUCGAUCUUAUUGUAGUUGUUGCCUCUAUAUUAGUCCUGGCUGUUGGAUCAAAUGGUCAAGUUUUUGCUACGUCAGCUAUACGUGGAAUUAGAUUUCUUCAGAUCUUGCGUAUGCUACAUGUUGACCGACAAGGAGGAACGUGGCGUCUAUUAGGCUCAGUUGUAUUUGUUCAUCGACAGGAACUUAUUACAACUUUGUACAUAGGAUUUCUAGGUUUAAUAUUUUCCUCAUAUUUUAUGUACUUGGCUGAAAAAGAAGAUGUAGGUAUUGUAGGAAAGUCUGAUUUCAGCAGUUAUGCUGAUGCUCUAUGGUGGGGAGUGAUAACUGUGACAACUAUUGGAUAUGGUGAUACAGUUCCAAAAACCUGGAUGGGGAAAAUAGUUGCCUCAUGCUUUUCUGUGUUUGCCAUUUCAUUUUUUGCUUUGCCAGCAGGCAUACUUGGUUCUGGUUUUGCACUAAAAGUUCAACAAAAGCAACGUCAAAAACAUUUUAAUCGACAGAUUCCUGCAGCAGCAACAUUGAUUCAGUGUUUAUGGAGAUGUUAUGCUGCUGAUAAAACUUUUAUGUCUGUUGCUACUUGGAAGAUUCACUGUAAGGAUUCAGUUAAUACGAAUUCUCCAAAUCCAAAUACACCACUGAGCAAGCUGCUCCUACUUUCUCGUGAUGCAGGUGAUAAAGGACUCUUCCCUGGGGUUUCUAAAACUUUUCAAGAAACAUGGCAGGUAGCUAAAAAGGCUAGUGUUUUAAAAAGAAGAAAAUCCAAGUCAAAAAUUGAUAUUCCUGUCAGUAACAGUACAAAUGAAAUUUCAAAUCAACAAAGUGAUAGUGAAACAACUGUUAAUGGAGAUGAAAACAAAUCAGGACUGGUUCAUCAGAGAUCUAUAAGAAAGGAAUUUAAGCCUCAAUGUACUCCAACUCAAGCACAGUCAUAUCAGAGUAAUGAUGUAGGCUCUGAUGAAAUUGAGAUUGAUAUUGACGACCCACCAAUGCUUACAGUUCUAACAGAAGCACACAAAAAUGCAAUUCGAGCCAUAAGGAAAAUUAAAUAUUUUGUUGCUCGUAGGAAGUUUCAACAAGCUCGUAAGCCUUAUGAUGUCCGUGAUGUUAUUGAACAGUAUUCUCAAGGACAUUUGAACAUGAUGGUGCGAAUAAAAGAACUUCAGAGGAGACUGGAUCACACAUUAGGAAAGCCUGGCUCUUAUCUUACAGAAAAAGGCAUGAGACCAAUGACUAUUGGCGCUCGUUUGCAUCGUAUGGAACAACAGCUGAUAACUCUGGACAGGAAGAUGGACAUCGUUGUAUGUACUUUAAACAUGCUGGUCGAAAAAUUAAAUAAUGAACAAGGAAAUUCUGAGCAGGACAUAUGAUAAUGUUGACAGUUAAGAAUUCUAUUUCUGUACAGAAAGAGAUGCCUAUUUUUGCGUGAAUGAAUAACAAAUAGAUAUAAGUAGUCAGUUAUUGCAA